UAUAAAAAGGCGGCUUUCUUCUUGUUCGGGGACGUUUUUUGGUCGCCGUUCUCACCUCCAACAUCUCCAAAUACAACCGAACCACACGAUGAGUGGCCGGCGCUACUCUGAACGCAGAAGGCCUGGCGAAAGAGAUCUGUCAGGCGGCCAGUCAGCAAUCACAAAAAAAACCUACCGCCCAAAAGCAUGCGCUGAAUGCCGUAGAUUGAAGACUAAAUGCUGCAAGGUCGGACCAUGUAAGACCUGUCAACGGCGGAAGGUCGACUGCUCUCUCCUAGGAGAACGAAAAGUAGACAGUUUUCCGAUUUCCAACCAGAGCCCAACCUCUUGUGUGAAAAUGGAAUAUUUCGAGAACGCAUCCAAUCCAAAUUUCUCAGGCCACUUGAGACGAGUAUCGGCAAUGCCCAAUGAUUACAUUGCACCCGUUACAGCUCCGGGGAAAAACGAUGUGCUGCAACCAGGAUUCAAGUCUGAACCUCAAAUGACCCAUUGGGUGGUCUACGAACGUUUCGACUCAGGCAAAUUGGUUUACAGCGGUCUUGGGGAAUCCUGUUGUGUCCCCCUCAACUGUGUGCGUGGUUUUGAUAAGCUGAUACUUCAAGCUAUGGAGCAACACCAAUGUCUGCUUUCCGAGAGUGGCUAUCAUGAGGGUUACCUGAAUGCUCUGACGAUGUUGUCCCGAGACAUAGUGAUGUAAGUAUGCUGCCUCACACCAUCGGCCUGCCCUAAUUGUGAGAAAUCAGUCGGAUUUACUAUGUGGCUUACUUGGAUUUUUGCCCUUCCAAUCCUUUUGAGCAUUCGGUAGACUUGGAUAUGGUUUACAAAGUCGACCGAACUUGUGUUUACUGUUGUACUCCAUCGGCGGUACUUAGAAUGGAUUCUCUCGUUCACUUAAUCGACUCCGAGUAGAAAGAUGAGAAACCAGAUAGCGUGGAUAUGGCCUUGAACAUCUCCUCCCGGCGUACCGUUAAAUAUGUGAC